UUAUAUACUUUGUUAUCAUAUUUGUUAAGAGUGGAAGGAAAAUUGCAACGGAAAUCAGUUGAGAAAAGCUAAUAAGCUGUGCGUGAGAAAAAACCAUAACGUGCCUUGCACGCUGAAGCAAUUGCUAUGGAAACAGAAAAUAGUGAGAUUGGAGCAGAAUCUAGUGCGAAAAAUGAGCAGGCGAAGGAAGCUUUGUGCGCAGGAAACGGAAGGGUUUCGAGCGCCACAGUUGCUAGACCGAAUGCUGCAUCUGGCCAUUGGCUAUGUAUGUUGCUUCCACUUGCCCUCGCCUCGAAUCUUGUGCAUAAGGAUAGAUGUACCGAGCAAUUUUCAACACAAGCCAUCCUCACCAUUGCCGUGAUUGGUAUGAGUCUAGAGUUUCUGGGCUUCAUUCUUUAUAAGCAUUGCAAAUCGAAUUUACUGCUGAAACUGUUAAUUGCAUUUGUGCCUGGUUUGAUUACCGCCCUGCUGAACAAAAUAGUGUUGCGACAGUCAUGGAGCUACGGAUUAUUUUGGGGAUUUGUCACCACCUUCUGUUACCAAAACACUUACAUGCGCGUCAUGCGGCGCCUUCCUGGUUGUUUCAGCUAUGGCGAGGCAACUGUGCUAGUACAAGGACUAAUGCUGUUUCUUUUAAAUAUAGUGUUAAAAAUUCCUAACAUUUUCUUUCUCACUCAAGUUAGGAGUGAAUUUGAAGAUCUGAAUGUUAUCAUGAUGUGUGCACUUUUCUAUUUGUUGAUUGUCUGCUGCUUGCUAGCUUCUGUCAACACUUUCCAAAAGCCCGUGUACUUUUAUCCUCUAAUGCUUUUAUUGGCCAUAGCUGUAACUUGCACUCCAAUCACGAAACCAAUUCCUAUCAUUACACUCUUGAAGUUCAUAUUAAGAGACGAAGUUAGACUGAAAAUAAUUUGUUUUUACUUCGCAUUGGUGGCGUUGACAGUUUUAAUCGUAUGGUGGCAAACAGGAAGUGAAGGAAAAGCAUCUACAAGACUUCGUAAAAUAUUUCAUUUCCUAAUAGUAUUGGUGUAUGUACCUGGGUUAACUUACCAAUGCAGCUUUCUUUAUAUUGCAUCUGGAGUGGCAUUUGCAAUUUUCACUGUAUUGGAACUGAUUCGCAUAUGUAACGUAUACCCUUUGGCGGACGCCUUGGGGAGAGCCUUUGGAUCAUUUUCCGAUGAGAAAGAUGCCGGCAUACUCGCCCUAACACCAUUUUGUCUACUCAUCGGUUGUUCGUUGCCUAUGUGGAUAAGUCCAUGUCCUUGUGGCUUAAAUGUGUACACGAGCGAAAACCCUCGAAUUCUUCCAUUAUUGGCGGGUGUCCUGACUAUCGGAUUCGGUGACACAGCUGCCAGUGUAGUCGGCUCAAAAUUUGGGCGCAUUAAAUGGCGUAACUCGAAUAAAUCGCUAGAAGGCACUUUAGCGUUUGUGCUGAUCACAACACUGGCUAUACUGUGUUUUAAUUACUUUGGCCUAAUCACUAUGUCGACGUCAAAAUGGCUUACUGCAGGAAUUGCGACAGUGACUACUGCUUUAGUAGAGGCCCACACAGAUCAAAUAGAUAACUUAACUUUGCCUAUCAUUUUUUAUAUAAUUGUGAAUAUAAGUUGAAACUAUGAUGAAAAUCAAAAAUUUACUCAGUUAAUUCGACAGGCAAUGGCAAAUUUCCGAUUGUUUUUCUGCCAUGAAAAAGCUUUUCACAAAAAAUAACUGCCGUUCGGAGUCGGCUUGAAACUGUAGGUCGCUCCAUUUGUGGAACAACAUCAAGAAGCAAUAGGAGGAGGAGCUCGGCCAAACACCCAAAAAGGGUGUAUGCGCCAAUUAUAUAUAUUUAAUUCAGCAUUUUGACGUUCUUUUUUUAAUUAAAUCAGUUAUAUGUAGGUAUUUGAAAAUCCACUUUUAUUACUUUUCAGAAUAAACAACUAUUUCAUCGACUGAUGACAUUUCAG